CACUGACACUGCAUUGCCGUUGCUCUAUAUAUUGAACUUAAUGUCUGGUGUGUUGAUUUUACCCAAUGUUCUUUUGAACUGCGGCUCUUCUGAACUCUGAUCCCAGAGCACUUGGCUGUGUGCACCGUAGCUUUUAAAUGCUGAUUCCAUUACUGUUUAUGUACGUCAUCUUGUCCCUUUUGCAGGUGGCUCUGUUUUGCAAAGUGAAUCUUGUGCCUCCCGGGAAUUAGGUCAUUGUUCAAAACAGCUGGAGGGGUAGAGAGAAACUGAUCUCGGGGGACCUUGUGGCUGUGUCAACAGGAGCCUGAUGUGUGCAAGGCUGUGUUCAGUUCAUGUGACUGGCACAGAAUGUACCUGCAGCAGAACUGGAAACUGUGGAUUCAGGUGAACCAGGGGUGUGGAGAGAAUGUCACUUCAUAUACCCCUUCCUGACACUCCAACUGCCCCAAUGGAGAAGGACCCAACAGACUUAAGUCAGGACUCUGUUUCUGUGGGGACACCUGAGAAGCGCCAGUGGGUAUCAAGGGACUGGCUAAGAUUUGCUCCUCUCUGGAUGGUUUUAAUUUUGAUUGCUGGAGCAGGACUUACAUGGUACAUUCUAGAAGUGGACACAAGCCCGGUGCUGAGGGUCAGCAAGUUGUAUUCCUGUACCCUAAAUAUCGUGAGCCAUGAACUUACCCACGACCUGACAAAGCCUGAAAGUAGCUCAUUCAGAAAUGAGGCAGCACACCUUCAAAAACUGGUGAAUGGUCUUGUUCUUGCUUCUGAACUGGCCCCGUAUCAUAACUCUUGCACAGUGUAUGCUUUCGGAGAAGGAAGCCUGAAGAUGUAUUUCUGGGUGAGCUUGGAAGUGCCUAAUACUAACUUAAAAUAUGUCACUGUGAGCUCCGUCACUGCAGCACUCAAUAGUGUUCUGCAUAAAAAGACCAACCCCCAAGGCCACUAUAUAUUUGACCAGUACCACGUGGACCCAAAUUCACUGGAUAUUCAGGGCUGCUAUAGGUACAGCUAUGUGAGAGCUGGCCAAGAAAUUCGUUUGAAGGGACCUGAUUAUCUCUCGCCAACCUGUGUGUGGCACCUGCAGGGUCCUCCUGAUUAUCUUCUUCGUCUUCGUCUGAAAUGGACUCGCUCUGAGUGCAGGGGCCGAUUGGCAAUGUAUGACACAGCAGCCCCUCUUGGGUCCCACCUUAUCACCUCGCAUUAUGGCUGCAGUCGACAAGAACCCAUCUCUGAAAUACUGUCUUCUGCGAGCUCCAUGCUGGUUGUCUGGAAGCAGGGGAUGUACAGUUAUUAUGACCCAUUCGUCCUCACAGUUACGCCGCUUCCAGUUGAAAGUUGCCAACAUAGCAUACAAAUGAAGGAAGGGCUAGACAUUCAAGGUCAGCUUAGAACACCCUAUUAUCCAAGAUACUACCCUCCAAAACCUCAGUGCACAUGGAACAUCACAGUCCCUUCUCCUGAGUAUGGUGUUGUUCUAUGGUUUGAAGGCUACAUGCUGUCAAGGCGAUACACAUAUGCUCCUUGCAUGCAGGGAGCAUGGCAAAUUCAGAAUCGAAGGAUGUGUGGGCUUCGGCUGCUCCAUUCUUAUGCUGAGAGAAUUGACCCAGUCUCUGGCAAUGUCACUGUGUCCUUUACCUGCCCCACCUCUUUAACCGGGCCUGGUGUGCAAGCCUCCUACAGCCUCUUCAACAAAUCAGAUCCAUGUCCGGGAGAGUUCCUGUGUGCCAUAAAUGGUCUGUGUGUGCCUCUCUGCGAUGGGGUUAAAGAUUGUCCCAAUGAGUUAGACGAAAGGAACUGUGUGUGCCCUGCACAGUACCACUGCCCAGAAGCCGAGACCUGUAUCCCUAUCACUAAUGUCUGUGACGGCAAGAAGGACUGUGUCAAUGGAACAGAUGAGGAGCAAUGUGACCAAGCUGCAGGCUGUGGUGCGUUUAACUACAAGUGUACUGAUGGAAGCUGUGUGCGGAAGCCAAACCCUGAAUGUGAUUCCAUAGCAGAUUGUCCUGAUGGGUCAGAUGAAAAGAAUUGCGGUGUUUCUGGAAAAAGUACAGGCUGCGGCAUUCAGGCUGUAGGAAAUCGCUUGGUUGGUGGCACUCAGGCACAAGAGGGGGAAUGGCCAUGGCAAGCCAGCCUACAGGUGCGUGGGGAGCACAUAUGUGGAGGGACCCUGGUGGCUGAUCAGUGGAUCCUUUCUGCAGCACAUUGCUUCACCCCAGAGAGUUAUUCAUCACCUGAGGUCUGGACUGUGUAUCUGGGUAAAGUGCGCCUGAGCACCCAGAAAGAAUUAUCCUUCAAAGUCAUUGGACUAGUGAUCCAUCCUUUCUAUGAUGAGGAUUCCCAUGAUUAUGAUGUGGCCCUUGUUUUACUGGAUCAUUCUGUGCCUCUCACAUCUCCACAUGUCAAGCCAAUCUGCCUCCCUUCCAGUACCCAUCACUUCUCAACUGGUUCCUUAUGCUGGGUCACAGGCUGGGGAUCUGUCAAGGAAAAUGGUCCCACCAGUGAUGUGCUCCAGAAGGUGGAUAUGCAGCUCAUCUCACAGGAUAUCUGUUCCGAACUUUACCGCUAUCAGAUCUCACCCAGAAUGCUCUGUGCUGGUUAUCGUGAUGGCAGUAAAAAUGGAUGUCAGGGUGACUCCGGGAGCCCUUUGGUUUGUAAAAGUGCCAGUGGACGUUGGUUCCAAGCAGGUUUGGUGAGCUGGGGGGCUGGCUGUGGCAUCCCCAGGUACUUUGGGGUGUUUAGUCGUAUAACAAGACUCGUACAGUGGAUUGAAUCUAUCACAUUAUAAAUUGAGCACUUUCUACAUAAUCAAAUUAGUGAACAACAAAUUUGUGGAACAUCUAAGGAAGCACUAUUUAUGUAGCUAUGAAGAACAUGCUAAUAACUGGAGUCAAACACAAGGUCUUCAGUUAAAUGUUUUUUUUCUUUUUAGUAAAGAUUGACCAAAUGUCCACAUUUGAGUUAGAAGCUACUUUUGUUUUCACUCUUCUUAGACAAAUCCGUUGUUCAUUUGUAUCCUUCCUGCCAUUUUCACCGCUGAGGAGUUAAGAAACUGAAGAUAACCUAUAAGGGAUAAUAAGCUGGCAAGAAGAGCUCCUAUUUGUUGAGAUCUCCAAAUCAAUAGAUCUUUUUCUGUUUUAAUCAACCAAUGGCUGAUCCGAAUUAGGCUCAAUUUAUCUGUUGUUCUUGGACUAACAAUGGGAUUAUAUAAGGAGAGUCCUACAGUCCCAUAAGGAGAUGGACUGCAUGUUUGGCAUUAUGAGGUCCUCCUCAAUGAGAUCUUCCAGCCUUUUGAAUCUGAGAGAGCCUUACACAGAGAACAGUUUACAGUAUAUACCAUAUACAGAUGUUCAUAACCAAUAUCAGCCUUUGCAUGGAAGCUACAUUUCACACAUAUUUAUUAGAUACUACAAAUAUCUGACAAGGGACAUCUUACAUUAGGGGUCUUUUGUAAACACUGGGAAAAUUUGCACCUGGGCAGUAAUCCAUUGUAACCAAUUAGAUGAUUGCUUUCAAUGUCCAACCUGCAGCUGGGACUGUUUGCUAUAGGUGCUGCCCAGGUGCUUAUUUGUCCAGUGUCUAUAAA